AUGACGAGCCCGGAUUCGUGGUCACAACGCCUUCGAGAGCAUUGCCUGGUCCGCGGUAUACCAGAGCCAACUUAUACGGAUCUUUCGGAUCGCCGAGGAGGCCGAACUGCAUGGACCACCAUGGUCUCUGUCAGCGGUACCAAUUACCAAGCUCGCUUCUGGUACGAUGGCGACUAUCUUUCUCAGGCAAAAGAAGACUGCUCCGAGGUUGCGCUCAGGACGAUUACUGGAUAUGUGAAUUCUGCGCAGACGCCGCCGCCAGCAAGCCACUAUCGUAGCUUGGGCACGCAGAUGAAUCAGAGUAUUACUUCUUGA